AUUUGGCCAGCGUCGCUGUUGGCAACAUCCUGCUCAACUUCUCGCUCAUCCUCUCUUCUCUUCGUCGUCGACGUCCGUAACGAGUUCUACAGCUCGACGUUCAAAGCAUUCUGGUCAUUGGCAAGGUUGAUGGCCGUGCUCGCUCCUCCAGAUUGGCAGCAUAAUACGAUGGAUACAACAACGACUUCAACGACUUCAAGACAACAACGCUCAUCGCCAGCCAAUAACGACCGCGACCAAACUUCCAGCCAACUCCAGAAUCCACAGCACCAGCAGGUACCCUACAGCUUCCAGCAACAACCACAAGGGCAAUGGGCACCCUCCAUAGCAGCUCAGCCGUUCUAUCCUUCCUUUUACCAAAACCACCAGCAGAGUGCAGCAGGAUUUCCUCAGCAAGCUUCCCCGUAUUACGAUCCAGCGUCGAAUCCGCAGCUAGCACAAUGGGCAUAUCAGCAGAUGGUAUUCAAUGCCCAACAGGCUUUUUUACCACCGGGUUCUUCGCGAGGCUCACCAUCCUCGUCGAGCCCCCACGAUUAUUUCACUCAAAAUCAAAUGGGAAUCGGUGUGGGGAGUCAUGGCAUGUUCAGUACAUUUCCGUCCGGCACUCCACCACCUCCCCAACAUCAACAAAAUGGAGGAGGUCAGCAACAACCAUACCCAGGUUUCCAUCCUUAUCGGAGGCCAGUGAGACAAAGUUCCUCAAUGAGCCAAGGGUCUUACACGUUUCCGGAAGGCAGCGGAAGCAAUAACAAUGACUGGCGCCCUCCUUACGCACGCCCAGAAGCCUCUGGUUCAUCAAGCUCAGUAAACUCUACUCACAGUCAACGCCAAAGGACUGAUAGCAAUCAGAGUGGAAGAGGAAGUCAGCAUGGACAUGGAAGUGCUAACGGCAGUAUACGUGGUAGAUCCUCGGGAGGAGGAAAUUCGCCGGUGGGCGGUGGAAGCACUAAUAAACAUCCCCAGUCGUCGUCACAUUCACGGCCUUCAGCGCCUCAACAACAACACUCACAUACGCACGCUCGUUCCAGCAGUCCAGGCAAGAACCUACCACACCCUAACCCCCCACAUCACCGGAACCUUUCCGCUUCCUCGAACACUAGCUCAUCGUCUGUUGUUCGGUCGUCCUCCGCCACUGCAACUCCUUCUUCGCAAUCUCCCCCUACCUCCUCCUCGUCUGCAUCGCCCUCUGGCUCUGCUUCGUCGACUUCCUCCCCAUCGUCGAGCUCAUCAACGACACCUAAUUCUUCUUCCUCGUCGAUAACGACAACUCCCACAUUACCUCGUCCAGUACGACCGUCACCUCUUUCGCAAGGCACCACAUCCUUCCAUGCUACCUCUUCCGCGGAAAAGCGUAUGUCUAGAGAUGAUACCGAUCUAGCUAUGAUGCGUGAUGAGGUUGUUAGUGAUCGCCUUAAAAGCGGUCUUAAAGGACGUUUACGACGUGCUUUGACAUUUGGCACAACUGCGUCAACAGGUAUCAAUGAAGAGAACGAGAUAGUGGAUGAUGACGAUGAGAGCAUCAAGGCUUCGAGAUUUACCAAAUCAAAAUCUCCCUUGACGAGGCCAAGCACUGAUUCGGCACUCUCGCAGGAGUCUGGAAACACUGUCCAAACAUCCUCUACUCCACUCAAUCCCACAACUUCCAAUCUAUCCAGCACCAGCACCCCGUCCCCGUCCCCUGGCCCGCCUCCUGCCCAGAAGAAACGUGGACGCGCCGCGUCUCUUUUCAAUUCAAGACUGAAUGCGAGCACGGAUAACAUCAGUUUGAGCAGUACGGUGUCGAGUGCGAGUGUCAUGAUAAGGAAGCUUGGCAGUAUGGGGAAAUUGGCUCGGAGGAAUUCGUUGGCCGGGAUAACGAGUCUGUUCAAGGAUAAGAAGAAGAAGGAAGAUGUCGUCGCAGAAGAUGAAGACACUGGAUUGAGUUCAUCUGAAACUGAUGAUAAGAAGAAAAAGAAGAAAAAGGAAAAAGAAAAGGAGAAGAAGGGUACGACGGCAAAAGCAACAGUAUCUGAGGCUUCGGUUUCCCAUGUUACUGCUGAACUGGACCGUGGAAGCAACUCUGGGGAAUGGAACGCGGUUGAGCUCGCUGGUCUGAGUCCUGCGGCAAAGUUGGCGAGACAGCAUACCUUGAAGUCGAACGCUGAGGCUGCGGCGAAGGAACGGGAGAGGAUACAAAAGGAGAAGGAGGAGAAGGAACAUGAGGCUACUGCAGCGGCAGCAGCAAAGGCAAAGGCGAACCAAGCGAACGCUAAUGGAGGAGGAGUGCCGGCAUGGGAUAGAGGAACUCACAAUCGGUCACCGGUGAAGGGAGGUGGAAAUGUGCGAGUGAACGAGGACGGGACAAGAGUUGUUGUUGAGGAUGAGGAUGAGGAAGACUGGAGUGAGGAUGGACACGGACGUGGCACACAGCAAACAUAUCAACCUGGAGGACCUGCUGGAUGGGACGACGAUGGUGACGAUGAUGAUUGGGACGGCGAGGAUGAGGAAGACGUUACGAUACGAAUAGGCGUGGACCGAGUCGAUUUGAACAACGCUACCUCAGGGCACGUCGGGGGCGAUUGGGGAGAACCAGAGGAAAUGGAAGUCUGGGCCACGGAUGUGAGACGAAGCGCCGAGAGAACCAGAACGCCUAACAAGGGCAUCCUAAAAUACGCGGUAAACUACGACCAACAUGUCUACCUUGCCGACGCCAUUCAUCCUAAACAACCCACACGAGUCAGAUCAAACAGUUACAAUGCCCAUCCUUCGCAACAGGGUGAGCUAGGACCGCUCGCCAGGAUACCUUCACCUGAUCCCGACCACAUAGACGGCUUACAUCGACAUGGAAGCCAUUCCAGUGGUGGACAUGGUGCGGUUCUGCAACCAGGUUCGACAGUACCUUCACUACCCCCGUUAUCCUUCGAUAGUUCGCCCAUAAAGGCGAACAUGGAUGCACCCCAAAAACCCAUGUUCAGCCAUCCCAACUCAUCUGCUCCUGCACUGUCCCUAUCCACACCAUCGAACCCCCCGACGCUAACCCACCGUUCAGCUACGGCGCCCAGCAAGCGCUUAGCGUUCGCUAAUAAUUUGUCCGUUUAUGAUACAUUCAGCUCGAGUGUGUAUGACAGGAGGAGUGAACCUGCUACUUGGAGUCGACUGACCCCUGCUCUGGCGCAGAGAAUCAAGGAGGAGCUUAACAGCUACAAGAUGGAAGAAAUGGAAGUUCAUGCUGCGAGCAGAAUUCACACACAAUUUUUCGUUUGAUCCCCCCUCAAUCUCAUACCCGUCAAGCCCCGCCGGCGGAGGUUGACCUCUCAUACGGAUUUGCAAUUGCCAUCUGUUGUCCAUCAAUGUUGCUGUAAGAAUCCCCCAGCGUCCAGUGUCGUCGUCCCGGUAGGAAGGAACUGCUGAUUUGAAUGUUUUUCUCCCGCUUACAUCUGUUUCUUUUGAAUUCCCGAAUAUCUUUCUGACGCCUAUACCUCCUACCUAUGUCUGAUACAUACACUAUCAAAGACGGUUUUUGCUCUCCACAAAAAGUUACCCCUAUUCGCAUUCAUAUCAUGUGUCUUCAUGCGUACUGUACAUAACGUUUCCCUCCUUUUUACCGCUUUCUUUCUUCUUUUUCUUCGAGCUGUUUUACCGCGGCUCCCAUAAAAUGUUGUUUUGGGCAACGGCCCCCUCCCUCUUUCCCCCGCUCUUUCCACACAUUAAAUCUAUCAUAAAGUUUUAUUCCUUCAAGUUUUCUCCUGAUUUCUGAAUCUCAACAAGUUUUGACUCCUGCAAAGCUACUCAUGUCACAUAUUCACACUCUUUCGUUGUUCACUCUCAUUCACAUGUCACUAGUUUCAUUUUCGUUUCUCAUGUUCAUACAACACACAGCAUAUCAUUCGUUAACGACAUUGACAUGAACCAAAUAUCGACUCCUCCCCUCCCCUCACUUCGCUCGCUUCUCUCAAGUUUGUACCUAUCUUUGUGGUUGCUGGUUGCUACUGUACACUAGAUCGGAUCAAAACUUGGAAGAUGUUGUGAUAUUC